CGCCCCCUAGUCACCAUGGCUCCGCCCACUAGCCACGCUAGUCCCACCCACUUAGCGUUGCUCGCCGCUUGUGGCUCCGCCCCCGGGCCCAUUGCCCCGCCCAUCGGCCGAGCUCCUCUACCUCCAGACCCACGUCGCGACUUCAGGGGCUGGAUUUCCAAGAUGGCGGGCUUGUGGAAGGUGGUUGCGGCGGCGGCCCCAGGGCUUUUAUCCAGACUUCUAACUCAAAUCUCAACAGCAACCCCUUUCUCCACAUCCCAGCUCUCACAUCAGGGGGCAGGUUCUGUGUGGAACCUGGGCCCACUCAAUCACGUUGCUAUAGCAGUGCCAGACCUGGAAAAGGCCAAGGCGUUUUAUAAGAAUGUGCUGGGCGCCCAGGUCAGUGAGGCAGUCCCUCUGCCUGAGCAUGGAGUCACGGUCGUCUUUGUAAACCUGGGAAAUACCAAGAUGGAACUGCUCCAGCCUCUGGGACCAAACAGCCCAAUUAUCGGCUUCCUGCAGAAAAACAAAGCUGGAGGAAUACAUCACGUCUGCAUUGAGGUGGAUGAUAUAAAUGCUACCAUGGUCGAUUUGAAAGAAAAGAAGAUCCGUACUCUAAGUGAAAAGGCCACAAUAGGAGCACAUGGGAAACCCGUGAUUUUUCUCCAUCCAAAAGACUGCAGCGGAGUCCUUGUGGAACUAGAGCAAGCUUGACAUACGUUUGCAAGAAACUAAGUGACAUGAAAAAGCCUUAUAAAAAUGUACUUUGCCAUUGAAUCUCUUGCAGCUUUAGUCACUUGGAAGUUCUAAAACUAAAUUAUACAAAGAGAUAAAUAGGGUGGGGGCAUAGAUAGCAUAAUAGUUAUGUAAAGGGACUCUCAUGCUGGAAGCUCCAAAGUCCCAGAGGUUCAGUCCCCUGCACCACCACAAGCAAGAGCUGAUCAGUGCUCUGGUAAAAACAAAACAAAAAAACAACAAAGAGAUGUAAACAUAUAUAUAUGUACAUGUGUGAAUGUGAAAUUCCAGCUGUGAAGAAGUGUUGCUAUUACUAUUUGCAUAUUGACAAAAUGACACACAUUGAAAAUCCUGAACCAACCAAAAAAUUACUUAGAAAUUAUAAACAAAUACAGUAGAGUGGCAGGAUACAAAAAUCUUUGUACACCAAAAAUUGUUUUAUUUCUACAUAUAAGUAAAGGAAAGACACUUGAUGAAGGCAAUCCUAUUUCAAGUUCAUCUGUGGUCUGGGAGGGGUGGUACAGUGGAUAAAAGCAUUGGAUUCUCAACCAUGAGGUCAUGAGUUCAAUCCCCAGCAGCACAUGUGCCAGAGUGAUGUCUGGUUCUUUCUCUCUCUCUCUCUCUGCCUAUCUUUUUCAUGAAUGAAUAAAUAAAUUCUUUUUUAAAAAAAGUAAAGUACCUGGGAGUAAAGUUUUAAAAGUGGAAAGACUUGUAUAUUGAAAUUUAUGAGACAUUGUUAAAAAAAAAAAAAAGGAGGGAACUAUUCCAUUUUAUGGGUUGAAAGAAAUAUUCAUUGCUAAAAUGGCCUUCCAAACUAAAGCUGUUUACCAGUUCUGUGCUAUUUUUUUUUUUUAUCAAAACCCCGAUGCCAUUUUUUUAAAAGAAGUAGAAUACAUAAUUCUUAAAUUUCAUGGGACCACAAAAGACCCUUAAUAGCCAAAGCAGUUUGGAAUAGAAAAGGAAAAUGGGGACAUCUCACUUCCUGCCUUUAAACUGUACUAUUAAAAAAUGGCAUUGGAGAAAAACACAAACCAACAGAACUUAGAACCAAGAGCCCCAAAAUAAAUCGCAUAAAUAUGGACAAUUGAUUUAUAACAGUGCAGCUAAGGUGAUACAGUAGAGAAAGCAAAGCCUUUUCAGGGGCCAGGUGGUAGCGCAUCUGGUUUAGUGCACUUGUUGUCACAGUGCACAAAGACCCAGGUUCAGAUGAGAUCGGGCGUGUUCAGGGUGAUAUGGCUAUAGACAAGACCUGGGUUCAAGCCACUGGUCUCUGCCUGCAGGGGGGAAGCUUCACAAGUGGUGAAGCAGGGCUACAGGUGUCUCUGUCUCUUUAUCUCCCCCCUCAAUUUCUCUCUGUCUAUCCAAUACUAAAUAAGAGGUUAAAAUAAUGAUUUUUUAAAAAUUUCUUUAUUGGGGAAUUAAUGUUUUACAUUUGACAGGAAAUAUAAUAGUUUGUACAUGCAUAACAUUUCUCAGUUUUCCAUAUAACAAUACAACCCCCUCUAGAUCCUCUGUCACCCUUCUUGGACCUGUAUUUUCCCCACCCCAGAGUCUUUUACUUUGGUGCAAUAUACCAAUUCCAGUUCAGGUUCUACUUAUGUUUUCUCUUCUGAUGUUGUUUUUCAACUUUUGCCUGAGAGUGAGAUCAUCCCAUACUCAUCCUUCUGUUUCUGACUUAUUUCACUUAACAUGAGUUUUUCAAGGCCCUCAUCUCUCCCUCCCUCCUCUCAAUUUCUGGCUAUCUCUACCCAACAAAUAAAGAUAAUAAAAAAAACUCCUAAGAAAUCAUGUUAAAAAUAACUCACAGAUUCUGAAAAAAUAAAACUAAAAACACUGUGAUUACUAGAGGGGGGUGAGUAAGUAUUAGAGGGGUCAAUCUGAUCAAGAGAAUGACACUAGAACUCUGGUGGUAGGUUACAGUUAAGUUUUUGGAUACACAGAGCUGUGAAGCUGUACUUCUAACAUGCAUGUAAUGAUGACAACAAACAAUAGAUCAAUAUCAUUUUAAGUAAAGAACGUAUAUAUGUAUUGCUUUUUAGAGAUUUGGAGGAAACAUUGAUCAUUAAAUACUUAUGGAACAUUAUUAAAA